UCCUGGAAAACUAAUGUUUGGAAAUCUAAAAUGCUUUUGUACUGACUUGAUAAUGUAGAAAUCAAAAAUAAAAACCAAUAUAAAAAAUAGGGUGCAUUUGCACAGUACUGUUGCUAUAUCAUUUAUUAACUUAUUUAUUUAUUGAAGACAAGUUUCCUGACAAAAUCAAGAAAUUUAGGAGAGAUCAUAUAGAAGAUAUUUAAAAAAUCAAGCCUGGGGUCUUUUAAAAGACAAAUGAUUGGACCAUCUUUAGGGUGUGGCAGUAUAAAAACACCUCCCCGUGACCUUCCAGUCAGCUGGUGUGUUUUCAUAGCACGUUUCUGUCUGUACCUGUGGAAUGUCUCCUCAGACCAUGUUACAUCAGCGGAUUGCAAUAUUCUGCGCUUUGUGUGUGGCUCUUUCAGGCCAAGAGUUUGGCCGUGAGCAGAUGUCUUUGGAGACGUGCUGUAAAAGUGGGAGAGUCUAUGGUCUGGGCAAUCAGCAGUGUGCUUCCCUUCCCCGUAUAUCCCACUCUUUCAUCUGCAGGAUGGCUCAGAAGCAAUGCUGUCAAGCUGCACUGGAAGAAAGUCUCUGUACCAAUGGCAGGACCAGUGCCAAAAGGAAUGGAGUGUGUGACUUCUCCUUUUUUGAGACAGAUCCCUAUAAAGCCAACACUGCCAUGAUGUGCUGUGAGUGCUGUGUGCUUGGGCUGCUGGCUCAGAGAGACAAUCGUACUUGCGAGCUGCAGAUUCCUGUCACUGUUCACUGCAGGAACGUGGCACGGGCCUGUUGCAUGGAGAAAGAGCAUGGCUUAGUCCACCAAGUGUCACCUUUGCUGAGUAACACCAGUACUGGUAAGGGAGGUAAUACCCAGGGCACUGACUUAUGUGCAGAAGGGGUAACAAGAUGCUCUCAGCUUUGUGUGGGUAAUGGCUCUUGUGUCUGCCUGAGAGGUUUCCACCUUAAAUCCGACGGCUACAGCUGUGAGGAUUAUAAUGAGUGUCUGUCAGGGGCUCACACCUGCAGGCCAGGUGAAAGAUGCAUCAACACCGAGGGCUCGUACCGCUGUCAGAGAGAAACCAGCUGUGGCACAGGAUAUGAGCUGACUAACACCAACAUCUGCCAAGAUAUUGAUGAGUGUCUGGUAGGAACACAUAACUGUGGACGUGAAUUCACGUGUCAGAACACUGUUGGGUCAUUUCGCUGCCAUCCACGACAUCAGUGUGGGCUUGGCUUCAUCCAGGAUGCCGUCGGAAACUGCAUUGACAUAAAUGAAUGCGUACAUGAGAAGAGCCCAUGCCAACCUGGUCACACGUGUGUUAACACAGUGGGCUCCUACAUGUGCCAGAGGUUCUCAGUGACCUGUGGACGUGGAUAUCACCUAAACGAAGAGGGCACACACUGCAUGGAUGUAGAUGAGUGCAGCACACCACACAAUGCCUGUCAGGGCCAUGACUGUGUGAACCUUCUGGGCUCCUUCCGCUGCGACUGUCGUUCUGGAUUUACGUUUAAUAGCAUCAGCAAAAGCUGUGAGGACAACGAUGAAUGCAGAAGCUAUCCUGGGCGCUUGUGUGCUCAUAAAUGUGACAACACUCCCGGAUCGUACCGGUGCAGCUGUCAUCCCGGGUUCCAGCUGGCCAGUGAUGGCAAGAGCUGUGAAGAUGUGAAUGAAUGCGAGAACAGCCCAUGCAGCCAGGAGUGUGCCAAUGUCUACGGCUCCUACCAGUGUUACUGUCACCGUGGCUACCAGCUCAACAACAUAGACAGACAUACAUGUGAAGAUAUUGAUGAAUGUGCCUUGACUUCUGGGGGCAAAGUUUGCUCGUAUCAUUGUUUGAACACACCUGGUAGCUACGAAUGCACCUGCCCUCCAACAGGCUACUCGCUCUCCCCCAGUGGACGCACCUGCCUGGAUGUCGAUGAGUGUGCAACAGGAACACACAACUGUUCUGCCGCACAGAGCUGCUUCAAUAUCUUGGGCGGAUUUCGCUGCCUGUCAUUUGAGUGUCCACCCAAAUACCGGCGUGCAGCAGAGAGUCGCUGUGAGCGCUUGCCUUGUGAGCAGAAUAGUGAGUGCCAGUCCCUGCCCCUGACAAUCUCCUUCUACAAUCUCACAUUUCCCACCAACAUCCCCAUACCUGCUGCCGUUUUCCGCAUGGGGCCGUCCAGAUCUGUACCUGGGGACGACAUCCAGCUCUUUAUCGCGGAUGGUGAUGCAGAAGGAUUCUUCAGCAUCCAGAAAACAGCCCAUGGUGCGGUGGUGUCUGUGCAGAGACCACUGCCAGAACCCCGGGACUUCCUGCUCACUGUGGAAAUCAGACUGAUUCGAUACGGCAUCAUAAGCAUUUUCGUGGCUAAGAUUGCUGUGUUUGUUGUUAAUGACCAGCCCAUUGUGCCCAACAGCUGGCCAAAACCUUGACGCUGCUUCAGCUAUAGCGUCUUAUUCUUUUUAGUAUUAUCGCACAAGAGUAGCAAUGGGAGUUAGUGUCAGCCUUCAUUUGUAUUAUAAAGUCACAGAUUUUAAUGUAAGCAUGGUUCUACAACAGUUUCCUUCCGGAGCAUGUGGAAUUUUCCUCUGUGCUCGUUUCCUAGCUGGCUAAUAAUUGCAAGUCAUCUCCUAGUAAUCAUGACCUCACAAGUGUUGCCUUUAUAAAGUCCAUGGUAAAUCACAUGAAUCCUUUGGCCUUUCUCAUCAACACAAGUGACCUGGAGGUCCUUCAUUUUAUGUAGGUGGAUGAGUUCCCUGUCACUGUUUCCCAAAUGUCCACAUUCUAGUGUUGCCUCGAAUCUGGCCAUAGCAUCACUGCAUUCGAGAAGGAACUUUUAUUUUCUUUAGUUCCUUUACAAGGUGGGCUAAGAUGUUUUUAAACAGCUUAUUAAUAAGCUGCACCACCACACAUGGCAUUUUUGCAUUCCAGUCCCAAUGCCUGCUAACUGAUAGCCCGUAUCAUUUGCUGACUCACCUGACCAUACUGAUGCCCAACGAAAAUGCUUUAUAUAUUUUGUUGGUUCAUAUUAUUUGCACAAACUGCCUAGCACCAAGUCCAGGCCCCACUGUGGGACACUGCUUUGCAUAGGGACAGGAGACAUUCCACACCUUUAAGAAAUGUCUGUACUAGUCAGGAGUUGGCCAGUUGUGUGCAAACACAUCCUGGCCCAAAACCAUAGGUGUUCCAAAUUACCUGAAAUUAACUCUAUGUAAAUUCCUCAAUCUCUGUACACCAGAUUGCUGUACAUCCACUCCUUGGUUGUAAUGGCCUGAAUGAAAGUAGGCAGUCCUCUAAGACAGAAUGUGUGUAUCCGCUCAUUUCUAGAGCUUGCUUGCCAAAUUCUACACUGUGUGUCUUCUUGUAACACAGUGAGGUCACCGGUCUGAUUUCAGCCCUGUCCUCCUUAGCUACUUCAGCCAUUAUAUGUGCGCAUAUCAAAGAUUUCCUGCAUUCUCAAACACAUAUAAAAGCUCCUUCAUAAAACAGGUGCACUGUGGAAUAACCACUUUCUCGGCUUAUAUACCACAAAAUUGGUCAGGCAUUUGAGCUGUUGCAUUAGGUUAAAAAUCAAGCUUUGUUUUGCCCUGGUGGCCUUGAUACCAGCUUGUAGUACAUUAACUACUGCUGUGCCACAUUCUGGGGUUACACUCUGACCAUCAGAAUGUUCCAUUGAUGGGCUAACAAGCACUCUCCAAGGUUGGCCUCAAACUUAGAGAAUGAGAUGCGGCCACUGAAAGUGCGUCAGUAUCUGUCUCUACAUACGAGCCAGCUGUGCUGCAUUUCAUUGCCACUAAAAGCUCUUGCCCAUGCCCACUGCCAUCACCUCUAUUCUGCAUUCUAAUGCCACUAAGGGUCCUCAUUCUUUCCUCUCCAUGGGACUGAGCAGCUAAACACUUUGUCGGCUGCUGUUUUUCCUUUGUUUGGACCACAGAGUCUGUGGGCUUUUCAGUCACAUUGGUUGCCCACUUCACUCUUCACUGAACUCCUGCAGCAUGGGAGAGGUUGCUCAAUAGGCAACAGUUCUUCCAUAGCCUAAGCACAUUUCCCACCUCAGAAUUGGCAUUAUUAAUCUGCUUUUGCAGCACCACAAUGCUACACGCCAACACAAACAACAGGCCACGUCUGCUUUCUGAGUCAGUGGCAAAUAUAGACAAAUCAAUACUAAAUUGCCAUCAUCCAAGGUGCACCUCAAUGCACUCUUCUUGAUUGCGCAGGUUUUACAUAACAAAUUUAUGCAAUCUUUUGGCCAAACUAUAUUUGAGCACUUCUUAGCUUCCUUGGUCAAUUUCUUCAGCUCUUCAACAAAGAAGCCUGGGAAAGUGGUUGAGCGUGAUUUUAGUGGGAGCCUUUUAUAUAGACUAUAUAUCAAAAGUCAUGGUCACAAGACACCCUUGCUGUUAGAACUUGACUAGGAAAUGAGCACACAGGAAACUCCACUAGUUCCAGAUGGAAACCUUACAGGCCAGAACAUAAGGAAGUAGAGCCACACAUUUAUGCUGAUAAGACUACACUUAAACACUUGAGUAUCCACACACUUGAGCCAAACACAUUUUAAUCUGCACAAUGAUUUUACUAAGCUACAGCAUCUUUUACAGAUAUCUGGUAUUUAUUAUAUUUGGUAAAUGCAAUCACAAUUUGAAGCUUAUAUUUAUUAUUUCAGUGACUGUAUCAUAUUUAUACUGCAUAUGCACUGACUUAAUAGGCCUUCUGUAAAAGUAUCCAAAGCUAACAUCAUGACUUGACUAUAUCAUCAUUUUAUGAAUACAUUUUGCUAACAUCACUUUACAUGAUUGUUCAGUAUUUCCUACAAGAAAUGGGACCAAAAGCUGUUUCCUGGUUGUUUUUGACACUUUCAAGUUCAAAAGCACAUUUCAUUCUCUGAUGGAAAAAAACUCUGCAGCUUAAUCUAAUAAAAGUGGGAACAUUUUGUGUAAAUUGAUAAAUGGAGCAUUAGUAAGGUGUAGAUUUCACAAUUGAAAAAUUGUCAGUGUAACAAUUGUAACAAUUGAUUUUUUUUCAUAUCAUGGAUUAUUUAAUUACUUAAUAUUUACUCCACA